GAUAACAACACACAACAGAGAGAGGGAGACGACGCACGGCCCAAGAUAGGGUGCAGGGGGUAGUGAGGGACAAAUAAAGGAGACAGCUCCCUGAGACUAGUCUGCAACAGUGAGACGCACAUCCUUACACUGAGGUGGUUUUCUCUACUUGCAGCUCAGUCCUGCUAACAUGAUCCCUUCAACCAUAUACAAGAUGUCACUUAUUUAUCAUGUGUUAGGGAUUGUCCUGUUUAUGAACACUCUGGUCUCUGGCAAUGGCUUCAUUUCCUGCUGGUAUGUGGAAGAGAUUCCCGGUACUGCUACCAAGCCAAAAUCUAUACAGCAGACUCCUGUGCACUUAGUGCUCACAGACACCUCCAGCUUGACCCCUGCACCAGCCGUGAUCCCAGAAGAAGGCACCUUGGUGUACUAUGUCACUGACUCCUCUGGCAAGUUAAGGUCUCGUGAAUUCACCAACUGUGAGAUGACAGAACACCUACCCCAGGAGGUCUCACUGGAUUGGGCCCGCUCUCUCACGAAAGAAGAGAUCAGCCCUCCUUCUUUGGGGCGCACUUGGUACAGCAUGUCCGCUAGAGAUGAGACUGAUGGGUACAGUGUUAGUGCCGUACUAGGGCCACAGGGCGAGAAAGAUGACCAUCUGGCAGUCACAUUAGCUGUGUACACCCCAUCCGUGUCCCAAUUUGCAACUUUUGACAAGCCCAUGACCAUUCCAUGUGGUCUCUGGCGAGGGCAACAGUCUCGUUUCUCUGUGGAGUGGAGACACAGAGCUCUUGGCGAUGGGACGGUUCUCUACGCUUACGAUGGGCGACUAGAUCGGGUGGCAGAAGCUGCACCAGACUGUCGCAUGAACUUCACUGCCUUGCACUCUUCUGGGGACGCGUCCCUCACACUGGAAAAAGCUGAUGUCCGAUACCAGGGAACCUUUCUCUGCACUGUCUACUUGCCCUAUGUGAGAGCGCAGAGGGACAUCCAGCUAAAGGUUACAGCUGUCCCUCAAGUCACUCUCCUCCCUGACCCUCUCUUUGGCCGCCCUGAUGAGGAGUUGACCCUCACCUGUGCCAUCUCUCACUUUCAUCCACUGGAAAUCUCUGUGGAGUUCCUGGUCCGUCUCCCAGGGGAGCCACAUUCUACCCUCCUCUCUGGAACUACUCUAUCCCCUCACAGCCGCAACCAAGAUGGCACCUUCAGCAUGACAGCAUCACUACGCAUCAAUGUCAGUGCUCAACACCAUGGGGCUCGAUACUCCUGCCGUGUCUACCACGUCAGCUCCAAAGAAGGCCUGACACGUUCACGUACCCUCCAAGUGGCAGGUAUCUCUGGGCCGUCUAUUGAAGAUGGGAUGUAUCUAUUUGUGACAGCUCUAAUCCUGUACGGAAUCUUCAGUUUACUGCACAAGAAAGUUGUUCCUUUGUUCAGUACUUCUGAGACCAAGGAGGAUGCAAAGGGCAAAGCUGAAAAAAAGGUGAAAUAAAGACAAAAACAAAUGUGACCCUGUCACAGUGACAUCAUGUAUUUGACCUUCAACAGCCUAAUUUGAUUGAGAUUACAGAGAGGGGUGAUAUGUGACACGAGAUUGACUCACCUCAUAUGAAUCACACCCUUCACAACUCCCUUCCGAGAUAAAUAUCGUUCUUUUAAAAUAAGACCUUGAUGGGAUAUUUAAUUCCUGGCCACAUAUAAGUUGGUUUCCAUUUGACAUUAGUAGAACAUAAAUUUGUGCAUUUUUUUUCUUCUGUUCAUCUCUAGAUGUGUAUACUAUGAAUUAGACUUCAAAUUGACUGUGAGACACAUUAUUGAGUUGGAUAAAUCUCUUUGUGCACAGGGA